UCCACCUUAUAUCCAAGAGUUGUGGGAUCCCGUAUUUGACUAUGUCUAUAGUAACGAUAUCUGUAGAUGUAAUUUACUCUAAUGCAGCGUUAUCAGAUGUCUUGGCAGAUCCCUCAGAUGUCAAUGGCUUGCAAUUUUUACGCCUACUGUCUAGUUUUGUUACUUGGAACUACCCUUUAUACAUCAUGGCAUGCGUGUGUUACCGUAGCCAUCAACUAAGCAAUCAGGUAAAAACACUGAAAUGGAGUCUUGAUGAACUUCAGACCAAAGGAAAUUUGGAUAUGAAGAUAUUAAAUAUGGUUUGUUUAUUUGAAACAAGAAUAAACGAGAGGAACAUGCAUUUCUCUGCAUUUGGAAGCAUCAACUUUGACGUCAGUUUGAUAAUAAUAGUUUUGAAUAAAAUAGUUACUUAUUUGUUUGCAAUAUCUCCAACAAGGCAACAGUAAGAAAAGGAUUUCUUUGUGAAGAACAGCAUGCACAGCAUCAUAACUAAUUUUGUUUAUUUAAUAAAAUAAAAGAC